AUGAAUACAACUGCUUUUUUCACCGGUGUUCUCACUUGUUUUCUACUUAUGUUAACUAUGACACAUACAUUUGCAUUAUCGGACGCAAUAGCUGCUGAUGAACAUCAUGCAUUUAUUGAUCAACCAUCCGUAUUAUUGCCAAAUAGAAUUCAUUCGAUCUAUCAAAAUGAUCAUUCAAUAUUUGAUGAUAUUGACAAACAUGAAUUGGAGAAACGUCGUUUCAAUGCGUGGGCUGGCAAACGUGCGCUUGUGGCUAGACGACGUUUUAAUUCAUGGGCUGGUUGA